AUGACUUUGUUGAAUGGUCGGAGCAAUGAGAAUGAUCAAAACCGGGGCGCCAACGUGGUGAAGAUCGUCCUCUUCACCAUGACGGGCACCAUCCUUGCCUUCUUUGGAACCAUCGCCCUCAUGGGGGCAAUUCGAGUAUAUCUUCAUCCAGAACGAUACAUGGCACGAAAUCCAGCCAGCCAGUCAAUGCGAAAUCGAGCGAAAGGAAUCACUCGCGCCAUUCUGGACACAAUUCCCAUCGUCCGAUUUGCCGACAAGACGGAUAUUGAGCUUGAGUCGGUCGAGCAGGGGAAUGCGGACAUCAACAUGCAGAACCAAGAGGAUAUUGCGGGUCAGACGAUAAAAUGCAGCAGCGAUGACUCGACGAGUGCUGCCAUGACAGAAUCGCAUAGUGCUCGCGCCCUAGAUGGAGAGCGAUGCCUAAAGUGCUCAAUAUGCACAGAGGAUUUCAGCAUCGGAGAACAGGUCCGAGUUUUGCCAUGUUUUCACAAAUACCACCCUGCAUGCGUCGAUCCCUGGUUGCUGAACCUGAGUAGCACCUGUCCCCUUUGCCGUAUCGAUCUUGACCGCAAGGACCAACGGCAGAGAGAUGGUCAGGUCCGAAGCGAAGCCUGA